CUCACUGAGUGUCCAGGUACCACACAGGAGACGCCUCAGAGCAAGAGAAGGGCGUGGCGCGUUGGGAUGACGCGUGCGUGCCGCCUGGAAAUCAGUGUGCGCGCUCGGCCCCGCGGGGGAGGUCUAGUUCUGGUGAAGGGAGCUAGAAGUGGAGGCGCGCGCCUAUUGGAGUUUAGUCACGGCAGUGCGCUGCAUACUGGGAAAGCUUGAGGUGAGACUGGGCUUGUGCUGAACUGUAACUCUCACACCCAGUCACAUAACCGGUCCCUAAUGGCAGCUGAUGAUGCUCAGACUGUCCAUCGCCGGGGGGACGAACCCAAAUCGAGGGGCCACAAGGAGAAGGGCCACAGUAAAGCUGAACCCCCUAAACUGAACAGCAACAGCCUAGUCAGGGAUGAGACCAUAUCUUCCACCGGCCCCCCUGCUGAGGAUCCUCCCAGGAGGAAGAAGCACCGACUGGAGAAGUCAGGAAAGGCCAAAUCUGCCGACAGUUCAAAGAAAGUCAAAUCUCCCGACCCCAACACAGAAAGUGAUACAGAGGAGCCUCUGCCCAAACACAAAAAGGCAGAAAAUACCUUCACAGAAAAGCUGCUGCAGGACAGUGUGAUUAGCAGUGCCCCAGACAAUGGGAUGUAUAAAUCAGUGGAACCAAGUGACGUCAGUAAGGAGAUGGCUUCCGAAGUCACCACACGAUUGGAUGAGAACAGCAACAUCACUGCAAUGGAGUGCAAUGGGGAAGUUGCACUGUACAAGAAGGAUGAGGGGGUGGAACCCCAAUGCCAAACCAGUAAAAAGGAACCCAGUGAGGAAAGUUCUAGUGAUGAAUUUCAGGUUGGAGAAGAGAAACACAUAGAUGGUCAAAGGAACCAAGUCUCUCUAUCUGCCAGCUCCCAAGGAGAGUUCAGUGGGAUAUCUAACUCUGCAGAUAUUGGGGUGAAAGUGGACCCCUCCUUCAGUAAAGAUAACAUAACUAUACAGGAACAUGAAUGGGCAAAACCAGAGAAGGAGACAGACCGCCAUAACAAAGCCAAAAAGGAGGAAGCUGAUAGGUUGGAGAGGAAAAAGGAGCGUGCAGAGAAAAAGGGGAAUUCAGAGAAGAAGGAAAAGGGGAAAAAUCAUUUGAAUAGAGGUUCAGAGAAAGAAAGUGUAAAAAAGGGUAAGGAAAACAAGGAUUCUAGAAGCGAGAAUUCCACCGAUGGAAAUGAAGGCAUCAGCCAAGUCAUCCAGUCUGAAAGAGAGAAGAUAUGUGAAGAAAUGUUGGCAUCAGGGGAAGAGCGAGAAUUUGCAGACGAAAGGAAAACUGAUCAGAGAGACCCCCUGAAAUCCAAAGAUGAUAAAUCUGGUGGGGAGAAGAAAAAGUCAAAAAAGCAUUCUCACAAAGAGAAGUCCAAAGAGAAGAAGAGAACAGGAGACAUGAUGGAAGAUGCCAAAGUGUCAGUGAAUCGUGACCAUCACAGGAAGGACCAUGUCCUGGAGGGAAAAGCAGAGGCCAGCGAGGCAGUAAAACUAGAGAGAAGUGAUGUGACUAUUGGGGAACUCAGUGGAGCAGCAGAUGAGAAGGUCCAUCUGAGAGUGAAAAGCUUUGAGGAGGAACUAGAUGAGUUGGUGAAUUUAAAAAGGCCGAGCAAUAAAGUCAAGAAGAAGGAAAGGGAAGUGAAGAACGAGGAGAAGAAAGAGAAGACUACCAGCGACACGGCCGAAGGCAAAGUUACAAAAGGGGAUGAUGAGGAGGAGGAGGAAGAAGAGAAGGAGGAAUUGAGGGCCAAGAAAGCCAAACCUGAGGCAAAAAAGAAUCAGAAAGAGGAGAAGAUCAAAGUGAAAGGGGAAAAAAGUGCCCAAGGUGAUGCCAAGGACAAGGCCACAACUGACAAAAAGUCCUCGUCUCGGAAACGGAAAAGUACUGAAACCAAUGGGACCAAAGCCAAAAAUGCUAAAGAGGCGGCCAAAAAGGAAGAAGAAGAAUCAAAGUGGAAAUGGUGGGAGGAAGAUCACUAUGAGGACGGUGUGAAGUGGAAAUUCCUGGAACACAAGGGCCCGUAUUUUGCCCCCCCGUAUGAGCCCCUCCCUGAUGAUGUCACAUUCUACUAUGAUGGGAAGCCUGUGAAACUGAGCCCGGGGGCUGAGGAAGUGGCCACUUUCUAUGGCAAAAUGCUGGACCAUGAGUAUGCCACCAAAGAGGCGUUUCAGAAGAACUUCUUUGUAGACUGGAGAGAGCAAAUGACCAGUGAGGAGCAGAAGCUGAUCAAGCAUCUACACAAGUGCGAUUUCUCUGAGAUCCACAAGUAUUUCUUUGAUAGGAAUGAGGCCCGCAAGGCUUUGCCCAAGGAAGAGAAACAGAAACUGAAAGAGGAAUCUAAUAAGAUCCAGGAGGAGUACGGCUUCUGCAUUCUGGAUGGGCACAGGGAAAAAAUCGGAAACUUCAAGAUUGAGCCCCCUGGACUGUUCAGAGGCCGUGGGGACCACCCGAAGAUGGGAAUGCUAAAGCUGAGGAUCAUGCCUGAGGAUGUGAUUAUCAACUGCAGCAAAGAAUCCAAGAUUCCAGAGCCCCCUACUGGGCACAAGUGGAAAGAGAUCCGGUCUGAUAAUACGGUGACUUGGCUAGCGUCAUGGACUGAAAAUAUUCAGAGUUCAAUCAAGUACAUCAUGUUAAACCCAAGCUCCAAGCUCAAGGGAGAGAAGGACUGGCAGAAAUAUGAAACCGCUCGGCAACUGAAAGGGGUAGUGAGUGACAUCAGAGCUCAGUAUCGGGUGGACUGGAAAUCCAGGGAGAUGAAGAAACGGCAAAGAGCUGUGGCCCUGUAUUUCAUUGAUAAGCUGGCACUCCGAGCGGGAAAUGAGAAGGAGGAAGGGGAGACGGCAGAUACAGUGGGCUGCUGUUCCCUAAGGGUAGAGCACAUACAGCUGUACCCAGAGCUCGAUGGACAACAGUACAUGGUGGAGUUUGACUUCCUGGGGAAGGAUUCCAUCCGCUAUUAUAACAAGGUGCCAGUGGAGAAGGAGGUUUUCAAGAAUCUCAAGCUUUUCAUGGAGAAUAAAAACCCAGAUGAUGAUCUGUUUGACAGACUGAAUACUACCAUACUGAACAAACAUCUACAGGAUCUGAUGGACGGACUGACAGCCAAAGUCUUCCGAACCUACAAUGCUUCCAUCACCCUGCAAAACCAGCUGAAGGAGCUGACCAAUGGGGAAGACAACGUAGCAGCCAAGAUUUUGUCUUAUAAUCGGGCAAACCGAGCUGUAGCUCUUCUCUGUAACCACCAGAGGGCACUCCCAAAAACCUUUGAAAAGUCAAUGCAGAAUCUACAGACUAAGAUUGAUGCAAAGGAACAGCAACUGAAAGAAGCAAAGAAAGAGUUAAAGAGUGCAAAGGCCGACUAUAAAGCCAAGAAAAACGAGAAGUCGAAGAAGGAAUUGGAGAAGAAGAAGAAGCAGUUUGCAAGGAUAGAGGAGCAGCUGAUGAAGCUGAAGCUACAGGCCACAGAUAAAGAGGAGAAUAAGCAGAUUGCCCUUGGCACGUCCAAACUCAACUAUCUGGAUCCCCGUAUUUCUGUUGCCUGGUGCAAGAAGUAUGGGGUGCCCAUUGAGAAGAUCUAUAACAAGACACAGAGAGAUAAAUUCGCCUGGGCCAUAGACAUGACCAGUGAGGAGUUUGAGUUCUAACCUCAGUUAUAUGUGGAGCCAUCACCAGCACUUAAUCCAAGCACUACCUCGUUAUAUACAUGAACCCCAACACUGACACCCUGCUGACUCCCACAUGGGGUUUAUUUCAGAUGAUGAGAUUCAUCUUGUAUUUGCCAUAUUGGUACCAAACUCUUGUUCAAUUUACAUUCAAAGCAAUGGGAGAAGGGGGUGCUACUGAUUUGGGCAAUGUGGUGCCGCCGCUCCUAAAGUGCCUCCAGUAGCCCCCACCUGCCAUUACUGAUACAGUAACCCUUUAGUUUAGAUUUCUAUUGACUAUGAUUGGUUGGAAAACAUUCUGUUUCUUUCAACUUGUACAAGUUUUCAUGGGGUUCAUAUUCAGAGCUCUGGAAAAAACCAAAUAUUCCCAGUUUUGCCGUAACCCAAAUAACCGUUUUGAUGAUGAUGCUGCUGCCGAGAGAGAGAAGACAUUCGGCUCAAAAUGUGCGAUAAUUGCUGUAAAAUAGAAAUUGUGAAUUUUUUUUUUUGUUACCAUUUAUUUUUCAUUAAGGAACCAAAGAUCUGAUUAAAGCCGGUAUUUUUGGGAUUCCGUGUAAAUGUUCUUUAUGGUUCUGACGAUUCCACAGACUUGUCUGAAAGAUGUUGAAUUAAAAGAAUAAACGUCGAAGAGUCACAUGAUUGUUCGGCACCUUGUGUUUC